UGUGUGUGUCUGUGUAGCAGAGCUGUGAGUUGUGAGUGUGUGCGUGGUCAUGCUCACACAUAAUCACACAUUCAGCACUGCUGCAUACGCAUGUCGCACACUAAUUUCUGCUACCAGGGUGACUUCAGCUUUUGCAAAACUGCAACUCCCUGCAUGCCAAGUUUGGCAUUCUGGUUGGUAAAUACUGAUAUAGAGAUUCCCAAAGACACGACCAUGAGGAGGAGACAGGAUCAACACUUGGGCAUACCAAGUCAUGUGAUACAUUACAGGAUAUAUCUAAUGGGAGCAUGGAACAAAAGGAUGAAUCACCGCUGAUCGCACAGAGCGGCAGUGAUGAUGAAGAUGAAGAUGAAAGUGAUACAGAUAGUGAUGAUGUGAGGGUGACAAUUGGGGACAUCCGGACAGGAGCUCCCUCCUGCAUGGGACCCACUGGAAAUCAAAGUGGGAAAGGAGGUCGAAGUUUUGGGACAGCUGGUAAACUGCCUCCAAAAGGAAUAGAUUUUUCUGCUCCAGGUUGCAUUAAUGGCAUUCCUGUCCUAGAAGUGGAUCUGGAUACUUUUGAAGAAAAGCCGUGGAGAAAACCAGGUGCUGAUCUUUCUGACUACUUCAACUAUGGGUUUAAUGAAGCAACUUGGAAAGUAUAUUGUGAGAAGCAGCGGAGGCUGCAGCUCGGGCUGGACAGCGCUUAUUCACACAGCAAGGAAAACAAAAUAACUGUGCAACAGGGCAGGACGAGCCAUACAAGUAAAGGAGAGGAAAAUAUGUUUGAUAAUAGGGACAUGAAUUUUAAUAUUGAAGAAGGAAAAUCAGGAGUUGAAGCCUCACAAAAUGGGAAGCAAGCGAAGACAAUUGAUGUAAUUGGUGGGGAGAUCUGCAGUAUCACCAGGGUUGAAGGCAGGAGAUGGGACAUUCAAGAUUCAGAUAACAUUCCAAUGCAGGUGGUUGAAAAUCAGGAAUACAAGCCUCAUCCAGUCAUACAACAUCAGCAACCCCCUCCACCUCUUCUCCCUCCGCCAUCCAUUCUCCAUAAUGCUUCACCAUUCAAUGGACUUCCACCACCACCUCCUCUUUUUUUCCAGCGUCCUCCUCCAACUACCCAAGUUCCACCGGUAUUGCACCCUCCAGCGAUGCUACCUCCUCCACUUAUUCCUCCACCUGCUGUACACAUCCCACCCCCCAGCGGACCCCCUGUCACAUACAACAGUAGACUGCCUCCUCGCCAAAUAUACUUCUCUAAUGGGCCAAGUGGGGUAAACUAUCCUGCUCUCUCCACUGCUCAGACUUCUUGGGUCACCACUGUAGAGAAAGGUACAAGUAACCCCAGGAGAAAUGAGUGGACCCCAAGAAGACGGCAAGAACGAGAAAUGGAAACAAUCCGAAGCCAGAACUUUAAUAACUUCAAGCCGGAAAGUGAACGACUCGUAAAUUACAACCGUGAAAGAAACUAUGAUUAUGAGCCCAAGUAUCAGCGCAAUCGUGAACGCAGCUGGGAAAAAGAAGAAAAAUUCCAUGGGGAGCAUCGACAUAGAGACAGGGAGGAGAGCAACAAGCAUAAAUCUUCUCGAAGAAAGCAAGACAGUGAGGAACGAGAAUCACAUCGCAGACAUAAGCGCAAGAAGAGCAAGCGGUCCAAAGAAAAGAGUGCGGAUGAUGACCCACCUAAAAGAGGAAAUCGGAAUGAUCUCAGAGAGAAGAACACAUCUGCCUCAAGGCUAGAUUAGAUCAGAAUAUGAAACCUGCAAGCUUGGAGACGCGCUGUAAGUUUGGCUACAGCUGGAAGCUUCACGUUUACCCUGUGCACCAGUAUAGUUUACUGCUUAUUUGGGGUAGUCUUCUUAGAGUUAUGGCGAAAACGGAGCAGAGAAUCUAUUCGCAUUUACAUUGAAACUUCCGGCCAUGUGUUUACACCAUUGUCCACCACAAUUGGCAUUAAUAUUGGAAACAGUAAUGUCACAUAUAUUAUAUUAUACCCACACACACUGUCCAUUUUAUACACUUAUACUAUUUCUCUUAAUGUAGACUGCAGGCGUAAAACUUUUAGGUUUUAUCUGUGAUUUAGUUUCUUAAUUUAUUAUGACACUUUUUGAAUAUAACAUUUUCCAAUAAUGUAAUUAAGAUUUCUGUGUAGAAUUGUACUGUACUGAGUUUUACUAAGAAAUAUAUAAUUUGAU